UCCACAAAUACUCUGGAAGUUGAUGUAGCAUUUCUUAUCCCCGUCAUUUAAAACCCAAAACGAGAAAAGAAAACAAGAAAACAAUAAUCUUAGAAUUGUAUCCACGUGAAAGCGAGUGUCAUCGAUGCGAGACGGCUUAUAAAAUGAGUCCCCUCGUUUCCUCAACAAUUCAGUUUUACGAUAAUCAUCAGCCAGAAGCCAUAACAGCUCUCAACAUGAAUAACUUGUGCGUUCUCCUCCUCGUGACUGGUGUCUCCAUGGCAGCCGCCGGGACGAGAUACAUCGCAAUUCCCAUUGAUGGGAUCGAUGUUAUAGAGGUGAAUCCAAUUCUACCCCCGGCACCGCGUUAUCCACGUCAAACCGAGGCUUACCUGGUGUCAAAUCAACAGGAAACCGAGAGCCAAGUGCCUAGAAUCGAGAGAUCGACCGCCCAAAUACUAGAUUACGUUGAUUUUGGAGCACAAACUGGUAUGAAUGGUGCGUACAGCUGGUACACUGAUUAUCCCGCACAUCAUUGAUGAAAAGGACAUUCAGAGAUCCAGGGUAUCGAUUCCUGUGUAAAUAAUAAUAAAAAUAUACGCAAUCAUCCAGUACAGUAAUAAUAGAUUUAUUUUCUUCGGUACACUUGGUUUAUCAUUUCCAAAACCCUUUACACUUGUCAGGAAUGCGCAGAUGUCACUUUUUUUUUUGUUCUCAGACUCAAAUUUUAAAGCGAAAUUUUACUCUG